CAACAACAACAACAACAACAACAUACAAACCGCCUCUAUGAAUCAUAAAUUCAUGACAUGUUUGCACUUGUACGAAACAAAUCGAAACUAAGAUACACCAUUAAUGAUGUCAAGAAAUUCUGAAAACAACUAUCACGGCAAUAACACCAUCAACAAAUAUUUCAGCAACAACGGCCAUAUAAUUCAGUCUGAUUUGUAUGUGCCGUCGUCGUUAAUGCACAAAAAUUACGAUUGUCAAGGCAAUAAUAAGAAUAUUCAAAGCCCAUUCUGUACCAGGUCCGGCGAAAGUGACGGUUAUUUCCAGUUAAAUCGCUUUUUCAACGACAAUUUGCAUAUUGAAAGAUUUUGUGAAAAUUGUGGAUAUUUGCAGCAUAAGGGCAACGCAUGUGACCUAUGCGGCUAUAAUAACAACGAAACGAUAUUGUUAUCAUCAACACCACCACUACCAUUGUAUAAAAACGAAAAUAUUUACGAAAAUAUAUGUGAAGUAUGUGGAUUAAUAUACAGUGCUGAUAAGUGUGAACAUUGUGCUAAGAAAGUGACUUAUGGCAGUCUCCGGAAGAAUAAGCAACUGAACAUAUUCAGUGGCCUAAUCGACAACAUUCGACAGAAAACCAAAUCGAAAACUAAACCGAACCGUAAACUACCACCAACUAUCGAAAUUGUGCAUAACGUUGACGGUGGUGUCUUCAAGACCAAUAAAACGUUCGAUUUGAAUGAAAUAUGUCGGUUAAAGUCGAAUCUUUCGUCAUCACGCACUCAUGUGUAUGGGAAAUUGCGAAAAAGUGAAGAAUGUUUAACCAGUUCAUUUAAGCAGCGCACGAACAUUAGAUCAUUCGGAAGUGAUUUAAAUUACACGCAUCGAACGCCGUCCAGUGAUUUUCUAUCCCGAAAUACUAAUUUCCAUUCAACCAGUUUCAACAAUUCGCCAAUAUACGAGAACUUGAAAACGUUUAUUUAUUCAACCGUAUCUCCUGCAUUUAAUGACAUCACUGAUAAUUCGUUGAUAUACUGGUUGACAUCAUUGAAAAAACAUACGAACGAUUACAACGAGGAGACUGUGUACAAUGUUAAGUGUAUUCCGUCGAAUAGUUUCAAUAGUUGUUGUAAUUAUCGCCGUUCGAACGGAAGGUUGACGGGUGAAAGUGAAUUUAAUUUAAAUAAAAUUGAAGAUUUCAAAAAUAGUCUAAUGGAAAAUCAGUCGAAGAGGAAAGCCAUCUAUUUCAAAGAGGAAAAACAAUACGAACCAAUACUGGUGGUGGUAAAGGAUAACCACUACGACUUGUUUGAAUCAUCAACAGCAACAACGACAGUAACGCAGUCGACAGAAAUUCCAUCGCACAAUGGUGAGUCAUCGAACUAUGUGGAUGACCAACAACACGUGAACGAAGAAUUUCCCAUUGGUCGUUCAUUUCUUCGACCCAAAAACUUUCAAUUCCAAAGUGCAAUAGUUGAUAUUAUCGAUGAAAAAACAACAACAUCGGAAACAUUAGUGCCAGUCAUUAGUAAAGUGACCGCCCUACUACUACCAUACCACACAGCAGAUACACCAAAGAAACGAAAGAAAAUAAUCACGAAACUGUUAUCAUUGAAUCGUUUAAUAUUUUCGAUUGCUUUAAACCGGGUCGUGAUAACGUACGAUUGUGACUUUAUUACGUUUUUAAAUAACAUUUCGAGAAAUCGAAAAUUCACCAAACCGUUUAUCAGAAGCGCCAACAGCAUUGCCGAGAAUCCAGUAAAAUGUGCCAAAUCGAGACGAAGUAAAUUUAGUGAUUUUGAAAAGCCAAUGAAAUUAUGCUACGACUUAGUGAAAAAGCAGAUAAACGACUUCGAAGUUAAGCCAAAAAUUACAGAGCCCGAAGACUGUCAACGACGGCUGGAAGACUUUGAAAAAUCGAAACCAUCCAGCCAAUUGCGAAAACUGUUCACCGAUUUCGAACGGAAACACAAAGGAACUGUAAACACAUCUCUGCCAGCAGCCGUACAUCGAAAGUCCAUUACCUUCAUCGACACCAUGAAUAAUAAAUCGCCGGACGCGGAUUACUGCAAUGAUGCAGAGAAUAUAUACCAGCCGAUUUGGAAAUUCCAAACCGUCGGAUAUGCGAACGAGAAUUACAUAUCGGAUCUAGCUGAUGUUUGUUUUGAAUCACAAUCGGAUGGCGUUGACGACGAUAUCGGCGAGUGGGAGUUGGAUGAUGAGUUUGCAUAUUCAACGAAAUUAUGUGUCGAUGAUUAUGGCAACAAGAAUGUGUCUCGCGGUCAAGAUCAAUACCAAAGUGUUUGCAUAUUGUACAAUUUCAAUGAGCCGAAAUUGAAUCAAAUGAUUUAUGAGACGGAUCGGGAAUUCGGUUAUAUCGAUUACAAACGGAAAUGUGGCGGUCAACUGAGUCCGAUCGUUGAAGAGGACGGAUUUUGUUUCAGUCAGAAAAAGACGACAACAACCGAAAGCAGUCUGUUUCCAUUACCCAGUCCUGUACAGGCGUGGAAAAUAAUGUUGUGGAAUGUGAAUUACUUAGAAGACGAAGAGGAUUUGAACAUUCCAGAGUCAUUUUUCACGGAAAGGGCAUUGAAACAGCAACAAUCCGAAAAAGAAAUUGUGUCGGCACCCAUUGACAUCAUAAAAACCGGUAAUGGUGAAAGUUCGCCUAUCAUUACGCCCACCAGAAAAGAAGGAUUUUUGGAUAAAUUUCAAUUCGGACGUAUUGAUAUAGCGAAAAAUGCCAGCGCUGAUUCAAAAGACCCAGGCGUUCAUUGUGUGUCGUAUAAAAAAAAAUCAGAUCUUGUUGAAAUAAUGGAAGCGAAAAAGGUUCCAGGUCACCUAAUCUACGGCGUCGAAAUGGACGAAAUCGAAAAGGAUGAUCAACAUCCGAAUGUUCCAAAGUUUGUCGUGGAAUGCAUUGGCAUAAUUGAAAAUGAGGAGAAUCUAGUUACCAAUGGAAUUUACCGAGCGUCUGGGAAGAAGGAAAGCAUCGAUAAAAUUAAGAAAAAAAUGAACGAGACGAAGCCAAAGAAAGGUUCCAAAUAUUCCAUACUGAAGGAUGAAGAUGUGCACACCAUAACGGGCUCACUGAAACAGUUCUUCCGUGAAAUGAAAACGGAUCUCAUUCCAAUCGAUAUAUUCCGCAAUCUUCCGAACAAUUUAGAAACCGAAGAGAGUGUGAAAACAAUUGGAAAGGAAAUAAAUGGAAUAGCAAUCGAUUCACGGAUGACGCUGAAAUAUCUGCUGCGUCAUUUAGUCAAAGUGGAUGCUAACAGUAAAGAGAAUCUGAUGAAUGCAUCGAAUUUGUCGAUUGUGUGGGGUGCCUGUCUGUUCACAUCAUCCGUAACAUUCAACGACACUUUUGAAACCAGUGACCUUAUCCGGAAAAAUACGUUAAUCAAAGUAUUAAUUCAACGAUUCGAUGAUAUUUUUCCGAAUGACAGCGGUCGAUGAUUUUUAUUUGCUUUUUUUCUCUUUUGCGGGCCAAGAGUAAUCUACCUAUGCACAUAUUUAUAUACAUAGCGUGUGUAUCCUGCGUACAGCAUUAACUAUAAAUUAAACAAAGAAAUGUGAUAUUUUUGUAUUUAAAAUGAAGAAGAA